AGAAGAAAAGAAAAUUUGCAUAACUUUUGCAUACUUUUUUGGUAAAACAAUAUCUGAAAUUACAUUAAUUUUGCAAAACAAAUAAUGGCUGCCAGCUCAAGAGUUUUGCUUAAAGUACGCGAUGGACUUGUUGCCGCCGUCCGCCACAACUCCCAAUACAAUCAGACACGUGCCAACUUGAUGUUGACCGGUGAAUCUCGUGUCAUUUGCCAAGGUUUUACCGGCAAGCAAGGUACCUUCCACAGUCAACAAGCCCUGGAAUAUGGCACCAAAUUGGUUGGUGGUAUUUCACCGAAAAAAGGCGGUACCACUCAUUUGGGUUUGCCCGUCUUUGCCAGUGUAGCUGAAGCCAAAAAGGCUACCGAUCCUCAUGCCACCGUUAUUUAUGUACCACCACCCGGUGCUGCUGCUGCCAUUAUGGAAGCCUUGGAAGCUGAAAUUCCAUUGAUUGUGUGCAUUACUGAAGGUGUACCACAACACGAUAUGGUUCGUGUUAAACACGCCUUGUUGACCCAAAACAAAUCACGUUUGGUUGGUCCCAAUUGUCCUGGUAUUAUCGCUCCCGAAAGAUGCAAAAUUGGCAUUAUGCCCGGUCACAUUCACAAGCGUGGCAAGGUCGGUGUUGUCUCCCGUUCUGGUACCUUGACUUAUGAAGCUGUCAAUCAAACCACUGAAGUUGGUUUGGGCCAAACUUUGUGCGUCGGCAUUGGUGGUGAUCCCUUCAACGGUACCGAUUUCAUUGAUUGCUUGGAAAUCUUCCUCAAGGAUCCCGAUACCAAGGGUAUUAUUUUGAUUGGUGAAAUUGGUGGUGUUGCUGAGGAAAAUGCUGCUGCCUAUUUGUCACAAUAUAAUACUGGUAUCAAAGCCAAGCCUGUUGUCUCUUUCAUUGCCGGUCUCUCUGCUCCUCCCGGCCGCAGAAUGGGUCACGCUGGUGCCAUUAUCUCUGGCGGCAAGGGUGGUGCCGGUGACAAAAUCAAGGCCUUGGAGAAGGCUGGUGUCAUCGUUACCAGGAGUCCAGCUCAAAUGGGCAAGGAAUUGUUUAAGGAAAUGAAACGUUUAGAAUUAGCCUAGGAUUUAAUGCAACGCCAAGCGAAAAGUUGUAUCUUGUAGUUAUCACAAAAAAAUAAAAAC